GGAAACUGGUUUCUCUCAGCACGUCGAGAAAAAAGUGCUGAAUGAGAUGGACUCUGUUUUCUGCGUGCGUUGAUUAUUGUGAAUAUCGUGUCAUAUUGAAGCCAUUAAGAAAUGGCCCACCUAGGCACUUGACUGGUAGUUCGUUUCGUUAGAUCGUAUUCGCAAGAGAGCGCGAUAAAGGUUAUCGACACCGCUAGUACUAGAGAACUUUUCGUAUGGUGUAGAGACAAACCGAGAGAAAAGAGACAUUGUUUGAGCAGUGUCUCCCGAGAGCUUUUAGGAUGAAAAAGCACCUUCAUCUUUCAUGUGACAAUCAAAGUACAACUGUAGGAAAGCAAGAUUGACACUAGGAAAAUGAGUAGAUGAAUGGUUUAGUGUCGGAAGUUGCUCCACGGUAGAGAAAAGAGACAUCAAAGCAAAUGACCCGGUGCCUCGGAGAAGUGUGCCACUCACGACGGGUAGGCUGGAACAAAGCGGAGGACAAUUGUUGAGCCUCAAAUUUGGACGAGAUAUUAGUGUCGGAAGGUGCUCCACGGUAGAGAAAAUGGCGUCUAGUCCUAAAAAAGCACUUCUGGAGGGCGCGCACACUUCUCCAGAAGCGACUAACGGACUGCAACUCGUCGCUCAGGAUGGGAAGCAAACGCUGCAGGGACCACAAAGGUGUGUCUUCUGCUGGGAAGAGUUUGGGAUAGGCGAGUCUUUUUGCACUGUGAUGCACAAUGGGGUUCCACAGCCUUUUCAUCUUGGCUGCUUUCGUUGUAGCAAAUGCAGGGUCGGGAUUGGGAGAGGUACUGCCAGAUGUUGCCGUUUUUGUCACUGAAGAUAAUUUGCAACCACCUACUUGGUACCUUUGCUUUUCAUCAGUAGUACGUUCUUCUGACCAAUUCCUUUUACUCGUCUUAGCGUUUCUACUCACUCUUCCACGAUUCACAACUGCACACUUCAGGUUCGUAUCACGUCCUUCCCUCUCUCGAAGAGGAUGACGAAAGCAAGUCUUUCAAGGAUACGAAAUUUCUUUGCCGUGCGUGCGUCCCCAAGUGUCCAGCCUGCAUGCAGGAAUUGUCCGGUCCACUAACCUGUUUCGGAGGUCGCUGUGGUGAGAUCAAGUUGCACAAACACUGUUUUCAGUGCUUUUACUGUCUGAAGGAAGUGAGAAAGAGGUAUUCGGUGGUCGACCUUGGUGGAGCAACAGAUGGUGCUGGAGAUAACUGCGAUGAUAAGGAUCCUACAUCAAUCAAGAACAAUGGCAAUCCAGCAGUGGCCUGUAGAGGAGGACCAACAGGGACUCCAAUCGUGCUUCCAGAAGCACGUGUCAGAAUAGAGGCUACUGUGAAUGCGAAUCCGAAUUUAGGGAGGUUGCGAGAUAAGAUGUGGAGAGCGCACAUAUUUGGAGCAAGCAAGUCAUGCAGUCUUGUGUGCAGUGAAUUUAUGGUUUCAACACGACUUGGCUCGAUGAAGACGCAUGAUCCUAGAUUCAUCAACACUGUAAAUAAAUGUCAUUCAACAUUGCUGAGUAAGACCUUUUUUUUUCUUGGCAAAAAGGAGCAACCCAUACCUCCCUCUAAUCCUCGUCUCCCCGAAGUGUAUCCGAAGAAGCACUGCUAUUUCUGUGACGGAGCCAUAGGGUAUAACGAGAAGAACACGCGGUCAAUGCGCAUCGACGCGGCUAUGCAGAGAGCACAACAUCAACGCGCACUCAGUGGAGGUGUUGGCGGACAGUUAGGUGGAGCGAUUGAGGAUGGAGGACCUCCGGGUGAUCCCGGUGGGCAAGCUCCUGCGGUGAUAUCACCUGCUGUUCCGACAUCAUCUGUAGUAGUGGAUGACCGAGAAGAAAGAGGGGAACAAGGAGACGGAGUGUCAAGGCCUCCUCUGCCAAAACCGAUACCAAAGUUUGGAUCGGGAUGGGAGAAAUUGUCACCCUUGGUUCCGAGUGAUCCGACACCACUGGUAAUUGAUCUAUUUGAUCUGUUUGGAGUCAAUGACUAUCAGUAUCACUCGACUGAUCACCAUGCUUUUCAACAUUUUUUUUUCAAGACUCGCUUUCUUUACCGAUGCCACGGCCAUCUAUUCACCCUAAUUGACAGGCUCGCCAAUCACCAUUAUACGACGGAGACGACGACAUGAGCGGUACAACUGGUGCAACGACGCAUUUUAUAGACCCUAUGACCAACAUGCUUUUGCAGAACCCGAAACUAUCGGAUAUGAAGCGAAGGAGUAGAAGCAACGCCACCGGUGGUGGUCAAGUCGUGGAUCCGUCGGCUACUGCUCCGGGGGGCUUCUUCUCCGGAGGAAGAGCACUUGUUGUAGGGGAAACGACUGGAGGUUCCUCUCCGAUGAAUGCCUUAGGAGCAACUGCAGUAGUUGCCGCUCCUGCGACAUCGUCAUUAUUCGGCGGAGGAGGACCAUCUCGGAGGACUAUGGAAUCUGCAAUCACUAUCACUCCUGCACCUGCAGCAGCUCUUGCUCCUCCGACGGGUGCGUUACCUUUGGGAGGCGGUGGAAGUUGCCGAAAUGAACAGCAUUCUAGUAGCUCUUUUGUUCAAGCAGCGCUAGCACCUUCGAUGGCAAACAGUGGUGCUAUAACAUCCACUAGCAAGAACAAUGAUCCUGAUCAGCAUCCGCAGAGGGAAAGCACCAGAUUAGCCACAAUACAACCUCCUACCACUUCGAUUUCCACGUCUGCUAAUCAUGGAACAACGUCUACUGCAUUAACGUCAAAGAAGCAGAUGGAAUUAGUCUAUUUCCACGGCCGUUGCUUUACUUGCGUGCAGUGUGACAACGUCAUCGAUGGUCCGUUUCUCCAGUUGUCCGGCAAAGAAUUCCUCUGCAAAAACUGCUUCCCUAAAUGUGCGGCUUGCGGAGAGGCAAUGGUCGGGUCGAAAACCUGCACAGUGGAAAAAUUGACCAUCCACGAGCGCUGCUUCUGCUGUUUUUUGUGCGGGACAGGGAUUUUUGGAGAAAAGGGUCACUUCACGUUUGAUAAAACCUUCUUCGAUGAGUGUCCGGCUACACAAGAGUUUUUUGCUCAGUGGGAAAGGAGCUUAAUGAUGAAAGGAGGAGGACGUGGGAACUUUUUGCAAGCAGCAUUGGAGGUGGAUGAAGCGGGGAAGGAAGCGGAGGAAGGAGAAGGUGCAAUUACAAAAAGCGGCUCCAGGACCCGAAGUGGAGUGCUACAAGAUGAAGCUGUUGUUUCUCCCACGACUAUUCAUUCGUCUUCAUGCACUACGCUAGAAGCAACGGCAACCACAACAGCCACAACGGCAACCACUUCGCGACCGCCACGACUCCGUAAGUAUUUUGCCUGUCCGGACUGCUAUCGAGUGUUGAUGCAGCAGAAGGAGGAGUACAAAAAUCGCGCAGAUGAGUCGAAAGAGUUCGGCCAGCGACGCGAAUUAGAAAUUUUGCAUCAUCUAGGGUCGUGGGAUCCGGAGAGAUUGCGUGGGGACUGUCUAGACUGUCUAGAGAAGUUACAAUUGGUGGAUAGAAACAAUAACAACAUUAAGUACGGCGGUUUCUAUAGUACAAGGAGUAGUACUUGCGGGAUGACCGGAAAAAGGAAACUUGUAGAAGAUGUAGAAUCCCCUCGCAACGGAGCAGAAGAGAGAGUAGUUUCUUCCUCUCCUAGAAGAUUUGAAGACCUUACUCUUGCUGGGGCUAACGUUAAGUCUUCGUAUAGUCCUCUCGGAGCAAAUGCUGGUUGUGCAACUGCCAGUCCUCGUUGCAAGAACAACUAUACUGCUCCAAAAUCUCCGACUACUAGUGCUAGGACGCAGUUUUGUGUGGUCUACGACCGUUCGACCGAGUCGCUCAGUCUAGCGCCAGUGACAGGCGCUUCUAGCGGUUCGUCUCCACAACAGACGAACUCGGACUCUUCAAUGUUUGCCGUGAACAUUCACUACCUAGUAUUAAGGCUUCCCCUUAUCCCUCUUCGGAAGCAUCGCCGAGACGUGUUUAUUUUCAAAAGGGGAAAUAACGGUCUCAAGAUGUUGUGCGAGGACAACUCAAGAGGGAUGAGGGUGAAGUAGAGCUCCAAUAGUCGAAUGUCUCAAGAUGUUGUGCGAGGAUCACGAGCCCUUCUUCUCUCUCGAUCCGGCGGAUCCCACUGACCUACGAGGGCCUCUACAGGUCAAGCGCUUUCAUCCACCUUGGCUAGCUGAUACGCCACUCGGAGAAGUGUUGUUUCUAGCGGAUUACUUUUUGAAACAGUACUCUUUUGGCGAGGUCCCUGCGAAGCUAUUGCAAGAUGAACAUGAGUCCGAUUCAUUGCAACAUGAGUCCGCUUCUUCUCGUUCGAACAGGGAAGCAGAAGAGCUAUUGCAACAUCAAAGUAGAGCAAAGGAGCAACGGUUAUUUGGUGUAGCAGAGGAACAGCAGCAUCAGGGUCGGCGAGGUAGAAGUCGCGGAACUAGUCGAGAGCGUAGUGCCAGUCGAGGUGCGGGUGCAAGACCGCGAUCUGCUUCUAGGACAGCAAAUCAGCAGAUGAUGAACGCAGCUCUGUUGAACCGAACGAAGAUGAAUGCCGCAACUACAUCCUCAUCCUCUACUACAAGUACAACUAGAGGUCUUCAACAGCUUCUUUCUCCUUCUCCCAACAACAACAACCGUUUCCGAUCCCCUAGUACGCGCAAAACACGAUCUUCAACACAGAAGUACUUGGGCGGGAACAGGAUACAACAGCACAACAACGAUGAAGAAAGGUUCGUGGCGUCACGACAGUGGUUUGUUUUGGAUCAAGCACACGUUGUGUGUUUAGCACAACCAAUAGAAAUCACAGAAGAACAAGCGGAGAAAAUGACAAAUGGUAUUGGUAAAAGUAGCACGACAGAACAAGAACAACAACAACCUAAUCAUGUGCCUGUGCCACCACCUCCACCUCCGCAGUCAUCUGAAAAGUUCGUAUUAGUUCCUCGCGUCAAACUGCGUGUAGAAGCAAGAAGACUAGCUAGAGACCCGGAAACUGGAACCUACAAGGAUGCGCCGUUUACGAAAGCCUCGGAUCCUGCCGUUGUGCAGGCUAAGGAGUUCACACGCAGAUUUCCAAACAUCGCCGCUAGGGUCCCUGUAGUCUCUGAGUUAGUGGAAGUGGCAAGAUCGCUCACGUUGGUACUUGUUUUUUUAUAGUACAUCUAUGUCAGAAGGACUAAGACUAUGUCAAUGUCAGAUUGAUAAGAUGUUGAUGUUGAAUGAACUCUACUAACAAGUUGUACUGGAAGUCAAAAUCUUCAUAUACCCAAAAAAAACAAAACAAGGAAUCUGUCGAUCUCGAUACACCAAGAUAAGACUACCCCACCAACUUACUACACCUCCAUUUCAUGCACCGUAUCACAGGCCAAGUGGCUAAUUAGCAACAAGGAGUUCCGGGUUACAUCGGAGCGACUGUUGAAGCAGUUUGAGCCUCGGAAGAUAUCAGCAAGCGUCAAUUUCCCGGAUCCACGUGACGCUUUUGCAAAGCACAUGAAACCGGAUGAGGUGAGAAAGGCUUUGGCGAAAGUAACUGGAGUCAGUGACAAGAAGGCUUCUAGUACAAGAACUGGGAAGAUGCGGCUGCAGCAAGAAGGGAACACAAAUCCUAAUGAGUCUAUGGAGCUGGUGCCGUCGAUCGUCAAUAAUGCAGCCUCACGUGUGGAGAAGGCAGUCCGAAAUUCGGAACUUGAAGAUAUGACUUUUCUGCUACCUUCAGAAGCAAAGGAAACAGAUGCGCCAGGAAUUUUAUCUACCACUGACGUACCAAAAGUACAGCGAGCGGGGGAGACGGAUGUUGUUACGACUGAUUAUACUUCUGCUGAGCAGAUGAAGAGACAAAAGCCCGAGGAAGGUCGUAUUCCAUCGGCAAACAAAAGCACUGAUCCUCCUGUAGUUGAGCGCGCUGCACCAAGCUUUAUCGCGCAAGAAACGAAAAAUCUUGUGGCGAAUUUAGGAAAGGAGAAGUCACCAACGUCUUCUUCUAAGAUGAAUAGACACAAUAUGAACAUCAAUCAAGUAGAGCAACAACAGCAUCUUCCCCCACGAGCGCCACCACCUUCUAGGGGAUGUACAGGUCCCAUGGAAAUAAGCCAAGAACCUUUAUUUCCCGAAGAUAACGGUAGUGAUACGACUAGACCAGGCACGAUGGAGGGUAGUUCGGCGGCUAGCGAUUCUGGUGCUAGUUUCUCGUCAGCUACUGUUCAAAAUCCCGGUUCAAGAUUCCAACAAGGCAGUUCUAGUUCCAAUAAACCAGACUUCACUUCUAGUUGGAGUCCUGUUUCGCCUAUGCGAGCUGUGGCCAUGGAUCGGAUUAAUAUGCUGAGAACGCCAGCAAAUCCAAGUGCCAUGAUUCGUGAAGAUAAGCUAACAGCGACUUCCGUAGCUCCACUUCUGCAGCUUCUGCAGCAACAGCAAGUCGGAGGAGCCGUGACAGUGUCACAGAAUACUAUGGGCCCUCCUGGAGUCGCAGUGCCCUCAAAGGGCCAUCAAAUCUCUAGUCCUUUGCCUCCAGCUUUAGCUCGUCAAGCGGCGAGACUAGAGAAAACAAAACAGUCGUCGACGCUUCCGAUGGGCGUUAGUCGGCAGGCGAGAACUGAUCGACGUAGAAGUCCUAAAGAGCCGAGUAGAGCUCAUUCUCCACUUUCGGGUGGUCGUCAUUCACAAUCAAUAACAUUCGGAGCGGACAACUACGGAGCUGCUGCUCAACACUCUAAGACCAGUGACGGCUUUUUUCCACUCGCGAGUAGCGGCAGUGGUGGCAGUAGUAGCAGCAGCAGUAGCAGCAGUGGUAAAAGCGGAACAGUUGUAGCACUAAGCAAAUAUAAAGCCGGAGCAGGUGGUGGCACAACAACAACUGCCUCUACGGUUGCUGCGCCACCAGAUACGAUGGGAGGACCGGGUUUUUCUUCCUCAACUAGUAGUAUUGGUGAUUUAGCUGGAGCAAGAGUUCAGAUGCAGAACAACAGUGCUGUGUUCACCACGACGUCGCCAGCAGGCUUUUUUUCUCCCGUUCACAGUUCGUCCGGACUGCUCAGUAGUACGACUACAUUUGGAAUGAAUCACCAGCGCAGAAGGAAUGCAGCUCAUAACAGUAGUUCCUCGUCAACUAGCUGUAAUGUGAACAAGUUUGACUUGGCGAUGACGAGCACUAGCGUCACAUCAUCUGGCUUUCAUCCAGCCACCGGAAGUUCAUCUUCAGCUUCUGGUAGUAUACUAGGGGGAACCACGCAACAGCAGAUGCCGUUUCUGACAAGAAGGUUGAUACCAGCGACAACAGAGGCUUCAUCGAAUUGGAGCAGUUCCUCUUAUACAGCGAAUGGUAGUUUGUGGAACAAGAGUACGCCACGAGCGAGUCAGUGGGAGCCGAGAUUUGGUCAAAAUGAUAGUUCUGGUACUACAUCUCAUAAUUUGUCAUUGAGCAGUAUGGUGCUAGGAAGUAGCUCUCAACAUCCUCAUGCUGCUUCCUCUCCGGCAAUGGCUAAUGCUCGUCGACGCAGGGACGCUUUGAUGGCCAGCGUAGAAUCUGAGGAUGCGGCAGAGCUGCAAGACCAGAUGCUUAGUGGCCUGUUGCGAGAAGGUAGACACCAUGCUGAUUCCCCUGGUAGCACCAGUUGUACUUCUCGUCUGGGAGCAGGUUCUGAUAUUGAACGAGCUGCAAAUAGUUAUUCUGGUACUUCUGAUCAUCGGCAUCUUCAAGAACAUCAGCAACAACAGCCUUAUCCAAUGCUCAUCCCGACGCUCGUCAAACGGUUACGAUCUAGCCACGUGGGCUUCGAUGAUGAUCGGACUUUGACUGUGGAACAUAAUACGGUGCACAUGUUUGGUGGCGUAGAUUUCGCUCUGCCUCCUGAUAUGGUCGUUGCGGAUUCGAUCGUGCAAGGCGUUGAUUUCCACGUCCCCAGAAAGAUCGACGAGACAACAGUUCAGGGAGUAGACUUUCACGUACCGCGUGACAUUCAGGAAACGACAGUGCAGGGCGUCGAUUUCGCGUUGUCGUCGGAAAAGAUCAAGGAGUCAACAGCAGGGACUGGUGGAGCAUCUUCAUCUGCUUCAAAUGAGAAACAAGGCGGACUUCAUGAUCUUUUCUCCAACAAACAUCACAAUAAAAAGGGUCACUACUCUGCUUCUAACAAGAAUAAGAACAGCCUUAGUCCGCAGAUGAAUACCAAGUAUGCAGCGCCGAAGAUCGGUUGGCUCGACCGUCCUAUGGCCGAGUUUUUGACUGAAGGGGCGACAACGAGUCUGUGGGAAAGUGUCGGGAAGACGAUACCGCUCGAACCGCUGCUGUCGAAGAGAGCGGCGCUGACAACACGGAGAAGGUAGAAGCAGGGCGAGAUAGUUCAGCUGAUUUCUGCUCGCGGAAUGAUGGGCAGGAGGAUUGAAAUCCGCUUUAUUAAUCGUCCUGUAAAGUAGUAGGAAUAGCGUUAUAGUAAUUUUUCACAUAGAUGAUUUACAUCGAGGAUCAGCAAAAUAGCUAUGAAUAGCUAUCUUGUGGUCGUACGAGAUGGUCCGAAUGUACUUGUUCCACGAAAAUACAAAAUUCCAAUAGCAGAACGCGUUCAAUCGCCAUAGAUUUAGUAAGCAGCUAAAAUUCAAAUCAUUCUGCAUUCUGAUGUUCAUAAAUAUUUAUUCCUAAUUUCUCAAAGCAGUUACAGGUAUAGCAUGAUUUAGAUGAGAGAAUAAUGCUGCACACGAUAAAAAACUUGUACCAUUGAUAUUUGUUCAAAUGUUCAACAUACUGAAUUUCUUUGACACAUCAACAAAUAACGUCAUCUCACUGUAUUGCAAGUUUUCAAACAUAGAAUGGGUUUGCAUAGACGCAAGGAAGAGGAUAGUGAUACACUCUCGUGUUAAGUGUCAGUUUGGAAAUUUCCUAUUCAGAGUGUCGAGGAAGACUCGAUAAAAGUAGUAAAUUCGUACUCAGUCAUAAAAAACGUAGUAUCGUUUCCAAGAACUUGAAAUAUUCGAUGAAGUAAACUCGAUUAAACAAAGAACAUGCAUUUUUUCAAGAUGUUGAAAUAAAGGUCGUUGUAUUCAAACGAUUUGG